AUGCUGCGGGAAGCCUCCGGCCUUGUCGGUACUGCAUGCCAGUGCGACAUUUACGACACCCUCCCGAACGGUAAGCCUUCGGAUGAUGAUCUGUCUGAGGCGAUGCAGGAAGCGACGUGCGCGCAAGUGCAUGCGUGGUUGGCGUCGGGUGAUGAUCCGAUCAAGGGCGCCGGCGGUCAGGAGCCGCGGUUGACGACGACCGCGAUUGAUGGUGCGUCGUUGUCGUAUGACACGUAUUUGACGGCUCCGGAUCGGAUGAAUGCGCUCAAGUUUUUGGCGCCUGUCGUCAUGAGCGCGAUGGAUGCUGCGUUGGCCGCUAUCGACGCUGAGAUCACUGCGUCUCGUGGUGAUCGGGUUGAGUUGGAUCAUGAUUUGACUGAGUCUCGCGGGUAUCGGCGCGGUGGGGUCGUGAAUGCGGCUGAGUUGAUCGAGAAGGCGUGGUUUGUGUGGCCGGUAUCGGUGCAGCGGCAUGCGGGUGAAGGCCCGUACGAGCCGGCGUUCGAUCCGACGGUGACUGUGCUCGGGAAGAUCACCACGAAACGCAAGUUGGUGAAGGCUGCUGAUGGUUCCGAGGUCAUCUCCGAAGCUCGGGUCAGCGUGCAUGUCGACACUCCACUGAUUCCUGUCGGCUCGCUGGUGACUUUUCCACCCGAGUUUGGUGGACGCACGGCUGUGGAGGACGGCAUGUGUUACAUCCCGUGCAGCGACCCCAAUCGGAAGCGUAGCGCCGAAAUCCUCGCUGAGGUCGCGGCCCGCUUCGGCUACCCACAGUUCGCAGAAGGCGGCAUAGCUGACGAGAUCACAUCCUGUGGCUGUCGUGUUGGUGAUCCUGCUGCCCUACGUGGUUGGUGCAGCCGUCCUGACGAUCCUGCACUACUGGAGGCGCUGGUGAGUACUGCGCUGAACUUUCCGAUCGAGCCAGUCCGCGACGCCAUCACCGACGGCAUUCAAGACGCGCUCGAUGUUAUCCACCAAGACGCCGUGAAUCGAGCGCCGAAGGAGACCGGGUUCCUCCGCAACGACUCCGGAACCAUCGCAGAAGGCCACGAAGGCAUCGUCCACUUCGACGCGAUCUAUUCGGUCAUCCAGCAUGAGGCGCUCGGCUAUCACCAUCAGGAUGCGGACCGCGUCGGAGACCCGAUCAAAUCGACCACGACAAUUCUCAGACGCGUUGGCGACCACGCUGCGGUGAUGUGGGUACGCGACGACGAUCAGGAAGAGGCGUACAUCCCGCACGCUCCUCGACGGCGCCGAACGAGACUCGACGAGAUCAUGGACAAGCGUCGACUUGACCUGCCCACGAAGAGGUGCACGAUGACACUUGUUCGGGCACCGGACACCGUUGAACUCCUCGAAGCCCUCGCUCAACACCUCGCCACCCUCGGGCUCGCACGCUACGCACCGAACGGCAUCUACGUCGGCGAAGGCCUCCCCGCGAUCUUCUUCGGGCAACUCCCCGACAAACCAGACACGGCGAUCCUCCUCAACAGCUACAACGAUGACCGGACACGGGACGCAGCGACCCCCGACUACUACGUCCAACUGCGAUUCAGGACCGCCGGCCGUGACCCCCGCAUCGUCAACAGGUUGGCGGACAGCGUGUUCCGCGCCCUCGACGACAGGCUGCAUGAGCGCAGCAACACAGUUUGGGCGGGCGUCAACAUCCUGUCCUGCAUCCGGCACAUCCCUGGCCCUAUCGCGCCGGAUUCACUUUCAUCCACACUCGCACGCGACUGGAUCCUCGAAGUCCUCAUCGGCUCCGACUGGACCCGAGUCCGCGGCCUCACCUCCGUCAGCCCCAUCUUCGAAGGCGCCUUGCAGGACGACUCUGACAUCGACUCUGAGGGCUAUGCAUCGGAGAUCGCGACCGGCCUGUCGUACCGCAUCGAGGGCGGCGGCAAGCGCAAGGGCGAAAACACUGCCGGCUUCGUUGACGAUCCGGGCCAGAACUACCUGCGUCAGCUCGGCCGCAAGACCGGACUCGCGAACAAGGUGAAGGCCCGCAUCUACCGUCGCGAUGACCUGCCCGACGCGUACCAGGGCACGCACCCGGUGAAGUGGACUGACUCGCCGGCAUCGGAUCCGAACGCGUUGCAGGAGUUCAGUUUCACCCUCGGGUUCGGCGGUAAGCCGGAAGAGAUCACGAAGCCUCUGGUGCCUUCGGGUGCGCAGGUGUUCAACGUGUCGUUCGGUGGCGCCACCGCAGGCAACGCCACGCUGACCUGGAACGGCCAGACCACCAGCAACAUCGCGUUCAAUGCCGCUGCGUCCGCGGUGAAGUCCGCUCUCGUCGCCUUGGAUGACGGCUACAAGGCCGCCGACUUCACGGUCACCGGCUCGGCUGGCGAGUACGUCAUCACCGUCCCCGGCGGCACCGUGACCGGCGACGGCACCGGCCUCACCGGCGGCACCCUCACCAUCACCGCUGCC